CUCCUCUGAGCUGGUUUAAUCUCUCUGACCCUGAGUCUGGUUGAGACCAGCGAAAGAACUUGAGCUCUACAAUAAAACAUGGUAAGAUUUGAAGGUGACCAUCAGAUCUCAGUGGAAUAUGAAGCACCCAUAUCUUCAGCCACGAAUGAUACUUUAAUGAAGAAUCCAGUUACAUUUUUGCUGACAGGGAGAAACCGUUUCAGAUGGAUCCUUCUGAGCUUCGGACUUCUCUGCAUACUUCAAGUUACUCUCAACAUUUCUCUGCGUCUGACAUUUUAUAGGUGCCCCGGCAGAAACUUCACCAUAAAAUCCACCAAGAAACCUGAUCUGAACCCGGCUUCACAACCCACAGAGGACCCAUGUAUAAACCAUACUGCAGAGGUUUAUCAGCUUAGGAUGCUGAUGUGUGUUUCUGGGAACAUUACCGAACCAGCUAAUGUUGAUCUACAAAAAUUGGCCUGUUUGUUGGAAAAACAGUUUCCAAAGGUCUGUCCAAGCCUGUACUACAUUUCCUCUACCACUAACACUUGGAAUGACAGUAGAAAAGAUUGCUUGGAAAGAGGUGCAGACCUGGCGAUCAUCGACAGCAAAGAAGAGCAGGAUUUCCUAAGAAAAUUCCAGAAAAGGCUUUGGAUUGGAUUGACUGAUGCUGAUGUCGAGGGAGAAUGGAAAUGGGUCGACGGGAGUCUACUGAACAUAAGGCUCAAGCCAGUUUUGUCGUCCAGAUUGUGUGCUUCUUCGAGACCCCCUCCCCCUGCCCGGCUAAUUGAUGGGGCUCCGGCCUUUACGGUGAAUCGUUUGCUGAGUUUUGAGCAUCGAGGUCGUGGCAUUCAGUACCUUGUGGACUGGACGGGAUAUGGUCCUGAGGAGAGGUCCUGGGUGGCAUCUCGUCUGAUCCUGGAUAAGGGCCUCAUCUGUGACUUUCAUCGUCUGCAUCCAGAUCAGCCCAGAAGGGCGUUGAGGGUUGCCCCUUGA